AUGACAAUGCCGUCAGUUAGUGCUCCUGAUCCCACCUCCCAGAGAGCCAAGGUGAUGGGUAUUACUUUUGCUAAGCAGUAUCACCGACUGCUUUCCCAACAGCCUCAGCUAGUGCACAAAUUUUACCAAGGUUCAAGCUUCUUGACACACCCUGAUUCUGACGGCACAAUGACUACCGAAAUCAACAAUAAGAUUAUAUCAUUUGGUUACGAGAACUACACGAUAGAGAUUGAAACUGUAAACAUUCAAGAUUCUUACCAGGCCAGCAUAUUUAUUCAAGUUACAGGAUGUUUAACUGGAACAGACAAUGUGCCUCGAAAAUUCAUGCGGUCAUUUUUCUUAACUCCACAUGAAACUGGAUAUUUCGUUCAAAAUAGCUGUUUUAGGUGUAUUGAGGAGACCAAACCAUCUGAGACCAGUUUGGCAUUGGCAAAUGUUGCUGCUGGUGUUGUUCCUGUAACCGUGCCUUUGACAUUGGAUCCAGAUUAA